CACUGGUUCCUAUUUUACCAAGCUGCAGAUGAUGAUGCUUUAAAUACUUCCAAUUCUGCUCCAGUAUUACCUUCCAACGAAUACGAGGAACGCAUUUGUUGGCUAUGCUACGUCUCCGAAUCAGAAUCCGACCCCAUAAACCAAACAGGUUGGUGCCGGCCAUGUUCUUGUCGUGGCGCCACAGGUUGGAUACACCAAUCGUGUCUUCAACGAUGGAUAGAUGACCAGCAGCAUGGAGAUAUAUAUGCAAAAGUUAACUGCAAAGUGAGCAAAAUCAUUCAAAUGGGCAUCAAUUUGGUUUUAAUUUAA